CACCAGCUCCCAUCCCACACACAAUACUCAACAUGAAGAUGCUGACUCUAGUGGCGCUGGUGGCCGCUGUCACCGCCGACUCGCGGCCCCGCACCAGCUACGGCGCCGCCCCGGCCGUGCGUACCGCCGCCGCCCCCCUGCCCCUGGUCCGCAUCCUCGAGUCGUCCAGCACCAGCGACGACCAGGGCGGCUACGCCUUCCGCUUCCUCUCCGAGGACGACAUCCAGCGCCAGGAGGAGGCGGCCGACGGCACCGUGUUCGGCUCCUACAGCUACAUCUCGCCCGAGGGCGUGCCCGUCAGCGUGCGCUACGUGGCCGACACGCUGGGCUUCCGGGCGGAGAGCGACGCGCUGCCGACGCCCGUGCCCACCGAGUACCCGACGCCCGAGGUGCCGUCCACCGAGGCGGCGCCCGAGGUGCGCACCGUGCAGGAGGGCUACUCGGCGCCGGAGCGGCAGGUGGUGCGGGCCCAGCAGCCGGCCGUCGAGUACAAGCCCGUCUACGAGUACCGGGCCGUCGCCCAAUGAGACUGAGCACAGCCUCACCGCCGCCUGUCCAUCGGAGCCGCCUACGCCACUGACCGACGCCAUGUCUGGAGACCCGCUACGUCUAUUUAUGUGUGUGUGAGAGAACGGGACCAAGUCACCGCUGUAUUUAUAGUGUGACUCACCUGUGUACAUGAAUACAUUUCACAUCAGCAAUUUUAA